UCCACACACACAGCCUUCAGCGGCCCGUCAGUUAAGAUGGCGACGGUGAUGCAGAGGCAGCGCUCGCGCAGAAAACUGGCUGCUCUCACCUUCCUCUCCAACAUCUCGCUGGAUGGCACACACCGAGACACCAAGCUGUCACAAUAUGGCCGAGGGGGCUUCUUGGGGAAGACGCCGGCGGAGCUGAGGGCGGACGUCCAGGGGGACCGGAACGACAAGGAGAACCAAGUGGUGUCGCCCCAGAGGCAGGCGGACCCCACCACGGCCUCUUCCUGCUUCCCCGACGGCCACAUCCUCGUUGGGGAGGCUCCUGACGCCCCUCAGCCGGAUAGACAGUUGGCUAUACAGUUCCGUGACAGGACCAAUACUAACAAUUCAGAACUUGGGGAGCGGGCUGGAGGAUUGCGGAAGCGUACAGCACACCACCACCAUCUGUCUUUGGUGGAGAAACCCCAAUGCUUUAGUAGUAAUGAAAGCUUAGGUGGUCCAUUUCCCAGCAUUGGCGGAGGGCAUAUCAGAAAAUUGUCUAGUAGUGUGUCUGAAUCUUCGGGUCCACCAAGCAAGGAGGUCAAGUUUAUGAAGAGAGCACACGAUCUGCAGAUUCGGGAUGAGCGAGUUGUGUUGCUGUCGUCACACAAAAUUCCUUUCUAUAUUUUCUCUGCCUUGCCGUACAACAAGUCUAAAUUGGGAGGGCGAAAUGAUCAUGGACGAGGCGAGAGCGGACGCAGACGUCAUGCUUCAGGAAACCGAACGCUUUCCACAAUUAGUGAUAAUGCAGAUCCUUCUUAUUUAUUAGGCUUUGACCGCAGUGAUGAAUGUCGGGAGGUGUCUUACUGUGAGCUGUUAGUACCAUCUCGUAGUUUCUUCUGCAAGCCUCGACGUCAACAGUCUGAGCACAUAGAGCUUAGUGAUACCACUGACCGUUGCAUGCAUCCUGGGGUAGCUCGGUGCUUUAGCUACGAGCCUGCUACUCACAAGGCCACGGCACACUAUGUCCCCCACUCCCCACAUGGUCAUGUUGAGAAAGUGUUAACCAAAGGGCAUUACUGCCACUUGAGCCGUCGUUGUGUGAGUGCGUGUGUCAACCUAAAGGCUGAUGUUGCAACAAGCCUUAGCAGUAUCAGUUUUAAAUUUGGCAGUGGAUAUGAAUUAGAUGACUGGCGUUGCAUUCCAAGUGUUCAUGCAGCAAGUAUGCAGUAUAUGCCCAAUAUGUUGGAUGACCCUGAACUACGUGCUGGCAAACAUCGCAAAUUGUUGCGCUUUCCUUCAUAUAUGACCUCUGUCAUGGACUAUACCAAACCGUCAGAAUUGAAAAAGGAAUUAAAUGAUAAGUUUCGUAGUAAAUUUCCACACAUACAGCUGACCCUUAGUAAACUGCGCAGUAUAAAGCGAGAAAUGUUGAAAAUUGCCCGCCAAGAAUGCGACAUAGAUUUACUGACAGUAGCGCAAGCUUAUGUUUACUUUGAGAGGUUAAUCCUCAAAACAAUUGUUAAUAAGCAGAAUCGUAAGCUUAUAGCAGGAGCCUGUCUCAUUCUGUCUGCCAAGAUGAAUGAUGUGAAGGGUGAAGCACUAAGCACUCUAAUAGAGAAAACGGAGAGUACCUUUCGCCUAAAUCGCCGUGAGUUAACUCAGUGGGAGUUUGCGGCCUUGGUUGCCUUGGAGUUUGGCCUACACUUGCCAACGUGGCAGGUUAAUCCUCAUUACCAAAGGCUUCUAUUUGAAUCGUGACGAAAACAUGGCACAGGAAACCCUGCGGUUACUGUUUGAAAUGUUGAUAUGUGAAUACAUUUUCUGUUUUAAUAUUAACCUUUAGGCAGUGUUUUAAAGUAAGUUAUCCCAUUUCAUUUUAUAAUCAUUGGACCAUGUAUACCCUUUACUUGCUAAUGUUGGCACUCGCCAAUGUAACACAAUACACUGUUAGGUUUUCACAUUAAAUCCUGUAAAACAAGGUUUCAUUGUCUUGAAGGUUUCAUCAUAAAUUUUAUCUAAAACACUGCUGGCUCUUGAUACAUUUUUAAUUUAUACAUAAAUGGGUUUGUAUGUCAGACGUGUGCAUUUGUGUACACUUUUUUUUAUGCCGCAUUUUUUUGUUUUGUUUACAACAGUGCAAAUUUCAGUGUUAUGUAAAUAAAAUUUAGAAUGUAAGGUUGCAGUGAAUUGUACUUAUUAUACAUUGGAUAUUUUGAUUACAUUUCAAUGCAUGAAAGUUUUAUAUCAUAGUAUAGUGAUUAUUUAUUUAAAAAAUUAUUGAUACUCUACUAGAACAUUGUAAUCUUGAAGUAUUAAUCAUUUCAUUAUAUUAUGGCAUAAACUAGUGAAUAUAAUGAGCCAGUAUCUCUCUCUCUCUUGAUAAUGUCAGGGAAUGAGGAUGAAAUCUCAGAUGGUAUAUUAUUUAUCGGCUAUGUGCAGUUAACACAUUUUUGUGAGAGUUAGAGUAUGUGGUGUGCUUACGCAGCUCUUUAGCUGAAGAUUGUUCUUAACGGUCAGGAAAAUUUUGUUGUAUUUGUACUGCUUAAACAUUCCUAAAUAUUCUUGACAGACAAAUUAUUAGGAAUUAAAGUAACACACACUUCACAUCAGCUUAAUAUGUAUAUAUAUGUAUGUGUGUAUAUAUAUAUAUAUAUAAAUAUAUAUAUAUAUAUAUAUAAUAUUGAUAGCGAAGGAUUGACAGACAUUUUAGUUUUUUAUUACUCAUGAAUUCAUACCUCAGAGUAUUAAUGUUUGUUCUUAUUUGUGUUGAAUUCAUUUUCUGAAGACAUUUUAUUGCUUUUCAUGCAAUAUGAGCAGAAGGAAGGGGCAAUGUUCUUUUUAUCUUUAAUUACAAUUAUAGGCCUAGACUUAUUUCAUUCCUCAUGUAACAUUGCUUAACAAAUACAGAACACUAAUAGCAGUUGAUUAUGCUGAAGAAUUGAAUAAAAUAGAAUCAACUUGAUAAUGGGUUUAGUCAUAUUUACUAACAAAUCCACAAGAGCAGUGAUGAGCAGUUU